CUGCUCUGGAUAGCCAUCUUUUUUCUUCUGUUACUGCACUAUUUUUCUUCUGUUACUGCGCUAUUUUUCUUCUUCUUCUUCUUUCUCUGCUAAUUUGUCCUAAUUUCGCUAUCAACCUAUUUCGACCAAAACCCAUUAAAUCCAUCGCUGAAGUCUUCAGUCCAAGGGGUUCUUAGGGUUGAGUCGAAGGACCCAUGCCUUAACAGUGUCCUGAGUUUCGUCAAACGUCGAUUUGACCUAAGAAUUUUAAUAGUAUAAUUCAUCGUUGCAAGUCCUUUUGGGUGUCAGUGUUCUUAGGGGUUCUUAGUUGUUGUUUUUGACAUUUUAAUCAGCCCAUCCCUGCAUUCGUUUUAGUGUUGUGUUUGUAGCUGUUUGCUCCGUUUAGGUGUUUUCCGGUAGUACUGUUAACUCUUUGCUUCUUCUUGUUUUCCGUUAGUUAUAUCCAUUCAAUUAUCUUCCUCACUUCCCUUCCCUUCAAGGGUACUCUUUCCGUAAUACUACCUAUUAUCUUUCUUGCAGUUUUCACUUUUUAAAGGAAUUUUACCAAGAUGUCUAUGCUAACAAGUGGUGCCGAGGAGGGUCUUCCUGUCAACUUUGUUGGUUUCCAGCAAAAACUUUCAUCAAUAGUUGAAGGUCUUGAGUCUCAGGAGGAGGAGAAGAAGAUGUGGGCAAUCCAAAAACUCCGAUAUUGUUCAAUGACGCUUGAAGCUGCUAACGCUGUCAUGGACAGUAUUCCUGAUAUGAGGGAGGUAAUUGAUUUGGUGAUUGAUAGAAACUUGGUGGUAAUUCUUUUAAAUCUUCUGCGUUUUCCAGCUGAAAAUGUUUGUGAGCAGGCGAUGGAGAAACUGGGAAUUGUUGCUCUCUCCCCUGUAGGUCGUGGUUAUGUUCUUAUGUGCAUGGCUUUGGAUAAUUUACUGCAUAUUUUAACCUGUUGCAACAUUUUAUUGCUGAGAAAAGCCACGCAGACUAUAUCAGUGCUUUCUAGAGGCACACCAAAAGUGCCUUUUGUGAAGGUGAAACCAGCAAUCCAAUCUCUUUGUUUCCUUGUUGCUUCAAAUGAUGAUCGAGAGGUGCUGAGAAACGCAUGCUGGGCACUUUAUUACCUCUCUGGUGGUAUUGAUGUGAACUUAAGGGCAUAUUGCAAUAGCAAAAGUAGCAUCAGUCAUUCUGUUGUGAGCCAGAGUGAUAUUAUUAGGGACGUCUUUGAGGCGUAUUUUUUUCCGGUGCUGCUUAAGCUCUUAGAUACUUGCCGAGGAGAUGACAGCCAGAAAGAGGAACUGAUGAAAGCCCGUAGCAUUUAUGGCCGUGACGUCCUUCAUUGCCUGUCGGACUUGUUAGAUAGACGAAAAGAGGAAAGGUUGGUAUGCCUGUGUAUAGCAUAUAUUACUCUUGGGAGGAGUCAACGGGCAAAGGCUGUAGUUGAUGCUGCUGGAUUAAUAGACCGUCUACGCCAACUGGCUAAGGCUAGACAAAUGGACGUUGCUGCUGCUGCAAUUUCAAAUGCUAUUAUCAGUAUCAGUGAUGAGUCAUACAUCAAUGAAUUGGUGGAUUGCUGCAUAGGUCCUCUGUGUCAUUAUCUUAACGUUUUUGGUAAUAAAAUAAUUUGCACCAUCAGUCUAAAAGGAGUAGAAAACAUGUAUGGGGAAAAGCACAAGGGACCUGACUGCACUAAUAUUUAUGCUAAGCGGAUCGAAGAGGCUGGGGGAUUGAAAAAUCUUAACGGCAUGUGUUGUUCUUUGACCAUGGGACUCCAGGCUUAUGAAAUAUUGAGUAAAUACUGGCCUGCCAACGCAACCUCAUGCAAAUGUGUCUUGACAUAUGAUACAAUCCCACCUUUGAAGACUUAUUUUAGAAGAAGACGUGAAAGAGGAAGUAAGAUUUGUGCAGCUUUGACCAAGUCCAACUUCCCUCCAGCAUGAAGAAACUGCCUCAUUAAUUCUCUCCAGCAGUUACCAAAUAUUCCAACCUACUAUCUGAUUAGGCUUUACAUUUUUCUUGUUAUUUUAAACAAUAUGUAUUCUAUAAAUAUCUAGUCAGGAUUAGUUUUAAGGGCAUUGUGAAUGUUUGUCAAUAUUAGUAUCUGGGAGUUUUGUCCGCUCCAUACGGACAGAUUUGUUGGUUGUAAGUUGUGUUUAAUAUUCUUGCACAAUCUAUUGCCAAUAGUAAUUUCCUUACCUUAA